GUUUUUAAUAAAUUAUUCGUCUCGCAUACUGAUUAAAACAGUCGACAAUUGAACAGAGGUGCUCGAAGGUAGUGCGGAUCACAUUUUGGUUACGCAAGUACUUGAGAGGAAAUAUUUUGACGAAAACAUGAUCCAAAUUUAUGAGUUCAACAAGAAAGGGGAUCCCAUCAGAUGCAGGGAUAAAAAAACAAGUUCUUUUGUAUCGUUCCUGAAGAACCCCACAUUACAAACAUUCUUGGUAGGACUUUUUAUCGGCAUUGGAUUAUCGAUUUUGUGUAUGCAUAAAACUGAAAAUUACAGCUUCUACAGCUACGGUCCACCAAAUAACGAAGUCUCCUACUUUAAGUCCGGAACAGACCAUAGCCUAAAUGACAGCCAUCAUCAAAUGAUCGACACUGAACUGGCUGAUAAAAUAGCUAAAAAAGUUCGGGUACUUUGUUGGAUAAUGACUGGUCCUGCCAAUCAUUUAACGAGGGCCAUUCACGUGAAAGCUACCUGGGGAAAAAGAUGUGAUAAGUUGAUCUUUAUGAGCACCGUAGAUGAUCCUAGUUUGCCAAGCGUAGCAUUGCCUGUUAUCGAGGACAGACCUCAUUUAUGGGGCAAAACGAAGAGAGCAAUGCAGUAUGUUUACGAAAAUUACUAUGACAAAUACGAUUGGUUUUUUAAAGCAGACGAUGACACAUAUACGGUUAUGGAGAAUCUCAAAUACUUGCUCUACUACAAAAACGCUUCAGAACCAGUAUAUUACGGAUGCAGAUUGAAAUUAGCGAAAGAAACAGAGGCUCCGAUGGACUUUAUGAGUGGAGGAGCGGGUUAUGUUCUAAGUAAAGAAGCUCUUAAAAGAUUUGUUCAGGAAGCUUUACCAAACUCUAAAGUCUGCAGGCAAGAAGAUACUGGCGACGAAGAUGUUGAAAUAUCCAAAUGUCUUCAAGGAGUUGGGGUAAACUUGGGUAAUUCUCUCGAUGAAGAAGAUAGGAAUAGGUUUACUCCAGUGUUUGUUAAUUACAUGCUUAUACCCGGGAUCAUGAAUGAGGUUGAGUGGUACACUAGGAUGAUGUACAAUCCAUAUAAUUUGGGUGUAACAUGCUGCUCUGACUACCUUAUCACCACCCAUUACGUAAACCCUCAACAGAUGUACCUGCUAGAGUACCUCAUCUACCACGUAACGCCCUUCGGUAGGGCAUACAAACCGAUUUUACAUAAAAGCGCAAAGAAACCUACAGGAAUUUUUAAUUCCUAUAACCAUGACAGUUCGAGCAAAGAACCAAGCUGGGAUGAAUAUAACUGAGAAAGUUUAAGAUGAAAAGGGCAUUUGGGAAAGGAAGAAUAAAUAAAUGAAAUUUGUGGCAUAUUGGAAUAUACCAAAGGCUUAGCAAUAGAAGCGGUUCAAGGCUGAAGAAUAUAAGAUCUGAUAAAAGAUAAAUUGAUUCGGCUUCAAGGAUUUAUUGAUCGAAGUUGGAAGCAAUGAUCUUUAGAGUAAGUUCGUAUAGGUUUUGUAACAAAAAAUUAAUAAAUGUAAGUGCUUAAAAGUGAA